AUGCCGGCCCCCAAGUCGCCCACGUCGGCAAUAGCCGAUGACCACUCGGCGCCAGAUCUGGAAAUCGUCAGCUCACAGCUGACAAUCCAUCCAUCUGGCUUCACUGGCGGUCCGGAAGCUGAAAAUGAGCAACAAAUUACCGAACGCAACCUUGUUCGCCAUAUGGUGCGAUUUCGCGAGAACCCCUUGGACUUUCUCCGAGAAGUGAGCCUGUAUAUGUCUGGCACGGGGUGGCGUGCAUAUGAUGAACCCAUCGGCCAGCCGAUCUUCUAUUCUGGCUUCUCGGAAAGGAUGAAGACUUCCAUAUUGGGCAGCCUGCUCCUGCAAAACAAGGUCACUGAAUUGGCCAAUCGCCGACUCGCGGUGGAAGAGAAAGAAGGGUUGCUGGCAAUCAAUGAAGGCUUAACUCUAGACGACAAACGGGCCCGUCGCCGGACUGAGAUUGAAGGCAAUCUUCGGGAAGUCGUGGACACAAUGAUGGAAAAUAUGAUUUGCAAGAUGGAAAGCAAACGGUUUAUUCGAGGUGCUUAUUAUAUGUGCACGCAGCUCUUGACUCGUGCUUACCAUCAAGGAAUUCACGUAUCCAGCGAGGAAGUCUUGCGUAUAAGAUCUGUAGCCGAAACUGCUGCCAAGAAGAAGCAGUCGAUUGUUUUCUUGCCUUGUCACAAGUCCCACGUGGAUUACGUCUCCCUGCAACUUAUUUGUUACCGUCUAGGCAUUUCUCUGCCGGUCAUCGUUGCGGGUGACAAUCUCAAUAUCCCUUUGCUGGGCUCUUUCUUACAACACGCAGGCGCUAUGUGGAUUCGACGCAGCUUUGGGAACGAUCCCUUGUACAAUACUGUCGUACAAGCUUAUAUCGAUACCCUCCUUCAACAGGGCUUCAACUUCCAAUGCUUCAUUGAAGGUGGUCGCUCCAGAACUGGAAAACUGCUUUCACCUAAGUUUGGAAUCUUGAGCUUCAUCAUGGAUAGUCUACUAUCAGGUCGGGUUGAAGAUCUCAUCAUCUGUCCUGUCAGCACCCAGUACGACAAGGUCAUUGAGACUGAGUCAUACAUCAGCGAACUUCUUGGCCAACCGAAGGCAAAGGAGAACUUGGCUGAUUUCAUUUCGUCAUCCUCAGUUUUGUCCCUGAAGCUAGGCCGAGUUGAUGUUCGUUUCCACGAGCCAUGGAGUCUCCGAGACUUCAUUGGCCAGCAGCUCACCCGACUGGAUCGCCCCAGCACCGACAUCAAUAAUAAACUUAGCUAUAGUGAUCGAGGCCGCAUUCUAAGAACAUUCGGUUAUCGGGUUCUGUCCGAUAUCAACGACGUGUCUGUUAUGAUGCCAACCGCCCUUGUGGGAACCGUCCUCUUGACCUUACGCGGCCGCGGAGUCGGAAAAGCUGAAUUAGUCCGCCGAUUGGACUGGCUUUGCGAGCGGGUGCGAGCCAAAGGUGGCAGGGUCGCACACUUCUAUCGCUCGCCAACGGAGACGGUGGUUGACCGUGCGCUAGAGGUCCUAGGGCCCAAACUCGUUGGUGAGAUUUCGGGUCUAGUCGAGCCAACAUACUAUGCGGUGGAUCGUUUCCAACUUUCAUUCUACCGUAACAUGCUCAUCCACCUUUUCAUCACUGAAGCGCUGGUUUCUGUGGCUAUGUACACAAAGAUCAAGCAAGGUGGAGGGCCCGCUAAUCAAAGAAUCACCUACGAGGAUUUGAAGAAACAAGUCUCAUUCUUGUCUCAGCUUUUCCGCGGUGAAUUCAUUUUCCCUCCUGAAGGCUUGGCUAACAAUUUCGAUAAAACUUUGCGUGGGCUGGAGAAGGAUGAUGUGAUCAAAAUCACCCGUGAUGAGUCCACCACACCUCUUUACGUUGAAUUGAGCGAGUCUGAGCGAUUAUGUGGUCGCGAAAACUAUGACUUCUACUGCUUCUUGAUCUGGCCUUUCAUCGAGGCCUCUUGGCUUGGCGCUGUGUCCCUUAUUGGGCUGACGCCACCUCUCGACAGUCCGAAUGAGGUCUGGAUCGAUUCGAAGAAAGCGCAAGAUAGUGCUCAAGUCCUCGGUAAAACGCUAUAUCACCAAGGUGACCUCUCUUACUUCGAGGCAGUCAACAAGGAGACCCUCAAGAAUUCUUAUCAACGAUUUGAAGAAGAAGGUAUCAUUUUGGUUGCCAAGAACAAAGGAUCGCGUGCCGGUCCGUCUCUCAGGCUGGCUCCUGAAUGGGCACCCCAGCGUGACAAAAGUACUGGGAAGGUUCUAGAUGGCGGUCGGCUGUGGGACUUUGUCGAAUUAAUUGCACAGUCCCGUCGCGAAGGCAAAAACCGUCGGGACGGUGCAACUGUUUCUUCGCGCGUUCUUACCAUGUCUGAUCUUGUUGGGCGGAAACUGUUCCAAAAUGCCGCAGCUCCGGCGCCUGCCGACGUGUCGUCACGGCAAAUGCGCCGGAAUGCAAUUGGAACGGAGGCCAAGCUCUAG